AUUUGUCCACUAUUUGCUGUUUAAGUGCCGUGGAGCCAGCGCUGCGCGUGGGACGGUGUCUGCGGGCAGUUUGAAACUCUAGAGCGGCUCCCGUAGUGACAGGCGCUGCGCUGCGCCGCUGACGGAGCGUCCGUGUCGGCUGCGCGGCGGAGAGCUGCGUGAAGCCCCGCGCGCGACCCCGCGUCGUUACUCCGUCAUGAAGCUCGGGAUGCCGCGCCGUUAGGAAACGGGGGCAGAGUCGCUGUCAGAAGCCCGUGUAGUAGUAGUAGAACAUGGUGAUCGGGCGGCUGUGCCGCGUGUGUGCGCGUUGUGGGCGCCGUGAGCGUCAGCGCAGCCUCGGCGGCAGAUGCGCUCUGAUUUGAAGCUACUUUGUUGGCUCAAGUGUCAACACAGCGCGAGCGGCGGCGGCGGCGGCUGCCCGCGCGCUGUCGCGCCAAGUUCACCGGCAGCGUGGCGUCCUCGGGUUCGGGGUCGCGCGCUCCAAUUACAGGGAGCCGCGUUGAGGCAGCCCCCGCGUCGCCGUAACGCUGCAGCGGAAAUGUCAGUGUCGGGCCGCGUGUGCGUGCGUGCGGCAGAGACCUCCGAGGCGCGUCGUCGCGCUAAGUUGUCUCGCAAUGUGUCCGCUGUGACAGCGGCGCACGGCGGAGCUCGAGCCGAAGCCCGCCCCGGUACGAGUUGAGCGCUUUGUCACAGACGCGCUCGGAGUUGACCUCAGCUCUCCGCCUCGUUUCCGAAGCUGCGACUCUCACUUAGACGCUGUUUUAUUCUCAGGAAACGUUACCGCACGCAGGCCCGGAAUAAAGUCUGAGCUAUUUCAGUUAGUGCGCUCUCGUUGUCGGUUUAUUCGAGUGCGCACUAAAAUAAAAGCCGUAGAAAAUGUGUUUUGGUUGUUUGGAGGACAACUGUUUGUUCUUGCUUCUAUUUUCGGACGCGUCCUGUUACAGACUCCAGGUUUGACGGGUACUCAUGUGUAAAAAACGUGUAAAAAACACUUGUGCCUGAAGUUGAUUAAAUAUUAGCUUUCGCUCCUUAAAAAUGUCUGAGCCGCACGUGCACAGAGUACAGUGCACGAGCCGUCAGCGCUGCUGGGCUUCAUAACACGCUGUUACAGGUUUAACAGCAAACCAGGAAAAGUGUCAGUUACUGCACCUGGUUAGUCUGCAGCUCGACACGCGGCCAAUAUUAUGACGCGCAGUCUGUUGUUUGCGCGACUAAACUUUUUAUCUGAGGGGGUUCUCAAAUGAUUGUCGUUUAUUGAAAACGCAUGCCCUUAAUUAACUAUUGCACAACUGCUAAAGCAAAGACACACUUAACUUUUCUGCGUUGUAUUUAAGGUCAGACUCGGUUAAAGACUCGGUGUUUAUGAUGCGUAUGUCGAUAUUGGAUUUAGAUAUGGCUUCAAUAAAAAAUGAUUUACAGAACUUGACAAAAUGGCUUGCGCAGCAGACAGCUGCAUACAGUUCACGCGCCAUGCAAGCGAUGUCCUGCUCAACCUGAAUCGGCUGCGCAGCAGAGACAUCCUUACCGAUGUCACCAUCCUGGUGAACCGGCAGCAGUUUCGUGCACACAAGACCGUUCUCAUGGCUUGCAGUGGGCUCUUUUACACUAUCUUUACUGACUCCCACAAGUGCAACCUUAAUGCUAUCAGCCUGGACCCAAAGGUGGACCCAGAGGGAUUUGCCAUCCUGCUGGAGUUCAUGUACACCUCCCGUCUGACACUAAAGGAAAAUCUGAUCAUGGCUAUUAUGAACACAGCCAUUUAUUUGCAGAUGGACCACGUUGUGGACACCUGCCACAGGUUCAUCAAAUCCAGCGAUCCAUCUGCCAAGCUGUCCAGAGACGAGUUUUUGGUCAGUCCCUUGGUUUUGCCUCAGGACGUUCACGCUUACCGGCCCCACGACGUCGUCGACAGUCUGCACAGCCGCAUGGCUCCGUUCAGAGACGGGAGGCCCUACGGCGCCAACAUGUUCAACAGGGUCAGCACCCCGAGCAACUACCAUCUCUACGGGCAGUUUCCCAUGCCAGGAUUUCCUUUCCCCCUCUGCAAGCUGAGCGAUGCCAAAAACACUUUUGCUGACCUCUCAAAGAGCGGGCUCCACCACGACGCCGCCAACACCAUCAGGGCCGAGUACGGCAGAGCGGUCGGCACGGGCGCCUCCAGCAUCAUUCACUCCACCACCUACGCGACCAGGGAGGUAGGGAGAGACGAGGAGAUGAGGAAGGAAAGCCACGACGGGGCGGGCCAGGCUGUCGGGCUCGGCAUGAGGAAGCGCGCGUUUCCGGUGUUGACCCUCGAGCACCAGAAAGACUCUGGCAAAGAGCACGCUCCGCCGGCGGAGGAAGACCUGAUCCAUCAGCACUACCCGCUGGGAAUCUCCUCCGCCGGGCGAAAGAGCCUGAUGAGCAGCCCGCAGAGCCCCCUCAAGUCAGACUGCCAGCCCAACUCGCCCACAGAAUCCAGCAGCAGCAAGAACGCCAGCCUCGCUCACGCGGCGGGAGCGCAAGCCCUGCAGGGCUCGCAGGACCCCAAAGCUCGCAACUGGAAGAAGUACAAGUUCAUUGUGCUCAACCAGAGCACGAAGGAGGACGAGGUGGGGCUGAGGGAGCCCGGGCUGCGUUCGCCCCAGCGCGUCGCCCUGCAGCCGUACCUCCACCCCAGCGACUCGGAGAAUCUGGACCCGCAGACCACGAGCAAAAGCAGCGAGCACAAUGAGGACCUGCCUGUGCCGCAGGCCAGCCGGCUCAACAGCAUCAUCAAUAGUGCACUUGAGGGGUCACUGAGAAACGGUGAGAGUCACCCGUCACACUACCUGAGCCGCCUGAACUGCUCAUCCUGUGGCUCCCAGUCCCCACAGCACUCCGACGUCUGCCCCAACACCUCCAGGUCUCGUCUGGCAGAGGACAUGGCAGAGCUGCACUCCGAGUACUCCGACUCCAGCUGCGAAAACGGCACGUUCAUCUGUAACGAAUGCGAGCUGAAGUUCGCUGAGGACGAGGCGCUGAAGCAACACAUGCUUCAGGUGCACAGCGACAAGCCAUACAAGUGCGACCGCUGCCAGGCGGCUUUCCGCUACAAGGGCAACCUCGCCAGCCACAAGACCGUCCACACAGGAGAGAAACCCUAUCGCUGUAACAUCUGCGGUGCUCAGUUUAACAGACCAGCAAACCUCAAGACUCACACUCGCAUCCACUCAGGAGAGAAGCCAUACAAAUGUGAGACGUGUGGCGCUCGUUUUGUACAGGUUGCUCAUCUCCGCGCCCACGUGCUGAUCCACACGGGCGAGAAGCCAUAUCCAUGCGAGAUCUGUGGAACGCGCUUCCGCCACCUGCAGACGCUGAAGAGCCACCUGCGCAUCCACACGGGAGAGAAGCCCUACCACUGUGAGAAGUGCAACCUGCACUUCCGCCACAAGAGUCAGCUGAGGCUGCACCUUCGGCAGAAACACGGCGCCAUCACCAACACGAAGAUCCAGUACCGGAUGUCCACGGCCGACAUGCCCACCGACUUGACGAAGGCGUGCUGAAGCCGGAACGGAGGAACCUUUUUUUUCGACCUUGGCAUUUUAAGACACAGCCCUCCCCCCCUCGACUUGUACAAUCAUUCAAAAUUGUAGUGCCACACUGUGUUUAUCAGACAAAUAAAUUGGCUGUGUACGCCAUUCUAAACGGGUUUCCACUACAUGUGAACGUAGAGCCACAUACGGCUUCUUAGUCACUUUAUUGUUUCUAUAUAAAAAUAUAUAUGUAUGUUGGAAGUGUUUCUAAGCUUUGAAGGUACGUAUAUAAAACUUUAUUUUGAAGGAUGGAAUGUAAACAGUGUGUUUUGUUUUCCUGAAAAUACUGUAUUUUAUAUCAGAGUACUUACUUUUCUGACAGUAUUGAAACAUUUUAAUUGACGGGUGGUACAUAUAUUUUAAGAUAAUGGGAUUUGCGGCUGUAUAGAGCUGUCUAUACAUUUCUAUGUGGUUGUAUGUACAUGUUGCAUUAUAUCAAUUAAUUGGUUUGGAUUGGAUCGAGUCAAACAUAUCAGAUGACUGCUGCUGUCUGAUGAGGAUAUGCAUGAGGCACCGUCACGCCACUGCUGGUUGACAGUGUACGUGAGGUGGGCAACAUAAAUAUUGUGAUAUAUGUUGUAAUUAUAUUAAAUCUGUGGGAUUGCUCUCUGCUGGCAGAGCCAAUCCAAGUGUUGACAUGCAUUUUAAGGUACUGCUUUGUUAUGACCAAGAAAAUAUUUUGCUCCAAACGUAUUUGUAUAGAUGUGUGACUUUGUUUUUGUUUCUUUUGCUAAUUUUUUCAGAAGUGAAGGUUUACGGUUUCUGGUCAUUGUUCUAGAUCCUACAGUAAAGUUGUGUACGUGUCAAGGUUUCUGUUUGUACAUACACUGUGUAUUCAAUGUGCCUUUCUCUACGGUGACUGAAUUCCUCUCGACCCCAUCCAUUAUCCAAGCCACCUCGCUCUGAGGGGUCACAGCAGAGCCAGAGCCGAUCUCCGUGGAACCUGGGGGCAUUGAAAGGUGGGGAGGACCACCUGUCCAUCGCAGGGCUGACAGACGGCCAAUCACGCUCACAUCUACAGACAUUUCGUAGUUGCCAGUGAAGCUAUUGUGCAGGACUUGGGGCUCUGAAAUAAUACAGGAGGCAGCGCAAACUCCACAUAGAAAACCACAACUUAUCACAAGUGAUGGCAAUCUCAUCCCCCGCUCCACGUCCCCCUCCUGUCAUCCCAGCUGUACUGAGGAGCAACUGAUCGACACCACCUGCCCUACAUCCCUGUGUAUGUGUGUGUGUGUGUAUAUAUUUUUAAAUGCUUUUCACCAACCAUAGAACUUGCAAAUUAAUCACUGUAAAUCUUCAGGAUGUGUUUUUGGAUUGGGCUUUUUUAACUGCAUUAAAAAAUAUUGUACAACGUUAUAGGUGUAUGAAUGUAAAAUAAAGGUAUUGGAUUUCUAUGUAUGGACAA